AUGCAGGAGAUAGUCCAGCGUCUGAACGAAGCUCACAUAGUGGCUGAGAUGCGUCGUCACUGCCGGUCUCGUGACCACGACUUUGAUGACGAGCAAGUAAGUGGUGUGCCGAAGGUCUUUCGGCCCGAUGCAUAA